UGGAACUGAGGAUCUACUGUGUUCUGUUUUAUUUAUUUAUUUCAUUUUAUUUUCCUCACAAACUGAAGUGAAUUUUACACCAGAGAAAACCUGAAGGCAAGGAAUUUCUAUCAACAAUAUAACAACUGCACAGUGUACUUCAGCAGCAAUCUGAAAAGUUAAAGACGAACUGAAAACAGCAGCACAUGAGCUGCUGUAGCCUGUAAAUCUGAGCUGCAUUCUGCACUGAGUGCAGCCCUGUCAUCUCAACAGACUUCACAAGCAUGCCAGAGAACACACAGCUGUUCCUUUGUUAGCAGUAAUGAUGGCUAGUAUUGGCGAGUCAAUGAAAUUUAACACCACCGGAGUGAUUGUCUGUACUGGCUGCUACUUCUACUUAGCUCUCAGUUCUGUCUUAAAUAAUUUAAGAUGUAUUUCAUUUAAUUACAGUUCUAAUUGUCAGCUGAGACUGAAUUCAUUUAGUCUGCUUCAAAGAUACUACCACUGUGCAAAAUGAAUAGGCAUCGUUUUUACAUUACAGUUAUUAACAUAAAACAAAUUGCGAAUAUACACAGUAGUAUGCCUUCACACAACAGAAAACAUUUCAAAACCUUGUAAAUCUCAUGAUUUGCUUAUUAUAUGGGUGUAGUUAGCUUUAGAACAAACAGGCCUCACAAUACCAUCUAACCACUAUUGCAUUUCUAAUGGUUACCUGGCUUUACCAGACCUCUCUGGGCUCUGCAAUGCUUGACUAUGCUUGACCAGACCUCUCUGGGCUCUGCAAUGCUUGACUAUGCUUUACCAGACCUCUCUGGGCUCUGCAGUGCUUGACUAUGCUUUACCAGACCUCUCUGGGCUCUGCAAUGCUUGACUAUGCUUGACCAGACCUCUCUGGGCCCUGCAAUGCUUGACUAUGCUUUACCAGACCUCUCUGGGCUCUGCAGUGCUUGACUAUGCUUUACCAGACCUCUCUGGGCUCUGCAAUGCUUGACUAUGCUUGACCAGACCUCUCUGGGCUCUGCAAUGCUUGAUUAUGCUUUACCAACUAAAAAUAGGCUUCUAAGAAUCAGAUGGUGACUGUGUGGUUUCAGUUUACUUAUGGGUAUAGAAAGGGGAACUUCAGCAGACAGGUUGAUGUUAUUGGAAUCAUAUUAACAGUGGCCUUACCAACUAGACCUCCAAAAGAGCACGCAACCAUGUGGGCUGUAAUUUAAAAACUGGGCUUGUUUAGUUGCCUGCUGGAAAUAUUUCAAUACACUGCAAGGUAUGCUUUAUUUUUUCUUGUGUGUUUAUUUUAAUCAAAGACAAAUCCACAGUCAUGUGGGUUCACUGUUUGUUUGUUUGUUUGUUUUAGGACCCCUUAGCAUAUCCCAAACUUAACAGUGUUCACGGCUGCUGAGUCUUUUCAGCGGUGUUGAAAUUGAAGUCAAGGUGAAAACCUACCACGUUACGUUUAAAAAGACCUCCGUUUCAUCUUACCUUUACACCACACGCUCGUGCUGAACGAACCGCUUCUUCGAUUAUUUGGAUUGCUCUCGCUACAGAAAUCAGGUGCUGACAAUCAGGUGAGGGUUUGUGACGAUUGCUGUGGAGGACAGCACUCCACACAGAUCCAAGCAGUGUUUGCACUUUGAAUGGUACAUUAGCCCAGUGAACAACAAUGACCAUCACCCGUGGAGAGCUUGAUCCGAAUAAUCGGAUAAGCAGUUUGUGCAGCACUGCCACACACAGUGGCGAUAAUGAAUGGAGAUCUUGGCGGAAGCUUUGAUGAACAGGUGCAUCUCAAGAGAAUGCCUACUUCUGUUCAUUUUGAAGCUUACUGCACUGCCUUUUUAUAUGCUUCUUGUGAACUUGUAUAACUAUUCAUGCCAGUAAUAAUAAUAAUAAUAAUAAUAAUAACAACACAACAUAUUCAGAAACUAUCAUACUUUGUAGCAGGAAUAUACUGUUCAAGAAAAAAUAUUUUCUAUUAUGGAUGUUUUUCAUUAUGCAUUAUAACCUUCAAAUGCUUAGAAACUCAUUAUCGCCCCGUCAAGGUUCUAAUGUGGACGUGACUUUUAAAAUCUAUAAAGCUGAAAAGGCAAGCAUUUUUUUAAUGUAUCGAGCUGUCAAAGCUAAGUGCAGAUAAUGGCAGAGAAGUGGUCUAGCAGAUUGAAUAUUCUACCGUCAUUCACCAAGACUGAACAAGCUCUGCAGUGCUAUUGUGUGUGUGUGUGUGUGUGUGUGUGUGUGUGUGUGUGUGUGUGUGUGUGUUUAAGGUAAGGUGGAGGACAGAUUUUCUCAUGGGAGUGAGCAAAGCUGCAUUUGUUAUGUUGAAAGCAAGCAAGCAAGCAAGCAAGCAGCGGUAAGAAAAAAAGAACAGCAUCCUCUACGAACUAGCCAGCCCAUCUCUUCCGUGACGGAAAUGUAUGUACUGUGCACUUGCAUUUUGCUAGAUGGCAUUUGCUUGUUUUGUACGUGGGCAGCUCAGUCCACACAGCUGCUUUUAAUAUGGCGUAUUGGUUCCAAGUGUAUUGCAAAUGAAAUGAAUGGUAACAGAGUUAGUGCUGGUUGCUGGUGGUGGUGAAAUGAGAUUGCUUUAGUUUUCUGCUUGCACUCUCUGUAGGGUACGUGCAAGUGCAUGUAAAGGAUCUGGCAUUACGGAUGCUGCUGUAGCAUGCAUGCUUGGGGAGACUAGGGAUCAAUUCAGUGUUCCAGAACAGGCUGUGGGGUUUACAACAAAGCACUUUGGAACGCCUGAGGGAGUUCUAUUUUUUAAGCCGGGUUCUUAAAGAGAAUUCAGUAAUCAACUCUGGGGCUUUGUACUGUACAUAAAAGCAUUUCUGGAAUCUGUACUUGUUUUCCUGCCUGAACACCAUCAGAAUGUAAAUAUGCAGGGGCUGUCUUGGGCCCAUUCUAGAAAAGGCAAGAGCAACAGAUCUGGCUGUGGUUGAAAGAGGACACCCUGUGAUUUCAGGCUAGGCAAGUUGAACAGCACCCCGCAGAUAGCUGACUGCCCCUCCAGCCCCUCAGACCAGCCUCCGAGCAGCCAGCAGAGAGGGGAGGACAGCGACCCCUGUUGGACACCGCCAAGCAACCCCAACAGGAGCGGCCUUCACACCAGACCCAUCCGCCACCCGGAGCUCCGCAAGUACUACUUAAUGGAUUCCAUUCCACUGCAAGAAGAAACAAAGGCUAAAGGCACAGUUUGGGAUCAGCCUCACGGAACAGUUGAAUACACAGUGCAUUCCAAGGACACUCUGUUCAGUGUAGCGUCCCAGUUCCACACCACCCCAAGCCAGCUGAUGAAAUGGAACCGACUGUACACUCAAACACUGCUGCCAGGACAGCGGCUGUAUGUUCCCGCUCUGAAGCUGCCGUCGCCUCAGGGUGCUGCGUCUCUUCCUCCUGGUGAUCGAGCCCCUGACAGCCCCACUUCGUGUCCUCCCAGCAGCCCUCUGACUCCUUCCCUAGAUGCGGAAUAUGACAAGCUGUUGGACGUGGAGGCAGUCCCAAUGCCUGAUGGACAGCUCUGUCUGCUGGCCCUGCCCCCAGAGUGCUCUGCCGCCCAGGAGGAGGAGCCUGUCGCCGUGCGCUACCUGAAGCUGUGCUGCCGCUACAUCACCGACAGGAAGGGCGUGGUCACAGGGAUCCUGCUCGUCACGCCCAAUAAGAUUUUCUUCGACCCCUACAAGUCCCACCCCCUGGUGCUCGAGCACGGCUGUGAGGAGUACCUGCUGUCCUGUGCCAUCGACAGCCUCGUCUCGGUCUCCUUCUUCAGCGAUAUCUCUGGGGUGCACUUCACCAGAGCCUCCCCACUGGCGAGAAAUAAGAAGGUCAAAAAACCCAAAGCACUAAACCUGGAGUCGCUCAAACGUGGAGUGAGGCCUAGUCCUGGGAUUAAAUCAGCCUCGCCUUCAGACCCCCAGCAGGACACGGGCAGCAUCCUGCCCACAUCUCCCCCUCCACCAGACAGCUGCUUGAGUUCGCUUUUAGGCCGGAAGCUGACGGUUGAAGACAAAAACAUCUGGCAGGAGUGUUUAACAGGUCCCCAGGAAACCCUGGCUCAUUCUCAAACAGCAUGGGCCGCCAUGGACUCUGGUCAAGGCCAGGGCGGCAGGCUGGGGGAGUUUCGAGGCAGAGAGAACCUGGAGGAGGGGUAUGUCAAUGUGGGAGCAGGAGUCCUGGGCAGUGCUGCCACCUUCUGCUGUGGAGGUGGUGGAGCAGAGUGGUCAGGAAAAGGCAUCCGUAUGGAAAAGGUGAAAGCUGGAGUAAAUGAAAAGGAGAACGCACUGCUGGACAAACAGUUCAAAAGAGUGAUAAGAAGCCCCUUCUUUGUAACCUCCCCAGGUCCUUCCAAGCAACCUGCUGCCCUCUCUGCUCUGAGGUUCCUUCGGCUGAGGCUCCAGGUCCCCUUGAAGAGAAAAUCUGUCUUCUCUCCGGAGCACAGGGCUGACAAGAGACAGCAGAGCCGAGACGUCUGGUUCACCCUCACUCAGGACAAGUCGGAUGAGCUGUAUGCCUAUCUGAGUUACUGGAGGCCUGACCUGUACAUCAUGGAGGGGGGCGGGGAAGAGGAAGAGGAGGAGUUUGUACUGGUGGAUGAUGAGGAGGAAAUCUCCCCGACUGAGAACCACAGCGCUCCCCAUGUGGUGGAGGACUGGGAGAUCAUCUCUGUGGAUGACGGUGGAGGGGAGCAGGCCAAAGAGCCGGAGGCCCUGACGGAUAUCCUGGAGCAGUCAAACAUCAUGGAGGAGAGUCACAUCCGAGAGCUCUCCAGCCACCUUCCCCUGAGGAUCCUGAUCCACUCCUGGCAGUUAGCGUACAGCACCUCCCUGCACGGCUCCAGCCUGAAGACUCUCUACAGGAAGCUGUCACAGAGAGAGUCCCCAGCACUGCUGGUGAUAAAGGACUUCCACAACCAGAUUUUUGGAUGCUUCGUCUCCCACCCUUUGAGGCUCAGCGACUCAUUCUAUGGAACGGGAGAAACAUUCUUGUUCACUUUCUACCCGGAGUUUAAGUGUUUCCAUUGGACGGGAGCGAAUUCCUUCUUCAUUAAAGGCGAUUUGGAUUCUGUUGCAAUUGGUGGAGGAAGUGGUCAUUUUGGGCUGUGGCUGGAUGAGAACCUCUACCUGGGGCGGAGCAGUCCCUGCAGCACCUUCGACAACGACACCUUGUCGGAGACGGCAGACUUCCGAGUGCUGGAGCUGGAGGUGUGGAACUUCUACUAGCAACACUCUUGCGAAAAACAAUCCGGGGUUUACUGGACACAAGAAGUCCAUCCUGCUGGACCACCCACAGCACUGCAGUGAACAUCCCUUUCACAGUAUAACCAAACUAGUUAACUAAAUUAAUACUGCAGCGUGAACAAGCUUCCACUGGAGUCGCCUGGAAGGAGAGCCAAGGAGAAUACCAGAGCCAAGACUUGGGGAUCAUGCUGUGUACUGGACUAGAAUAUUCCCAUGGGGCUACUGCAGCGGGGCGAUAGAAUGGGGUUCUUUUCUAGAAUUGUGCUGCACACUCAUGACACAUCUGCCACUCUUGUCAAAGAUACUGCUUCCAUACCCUGGGAGAGUACUUGCUUCACUUAGCUUCUGACUGCACUUGCUGUUGUUAACACAUGUUGAUUAUUGUGUACUGAAGGGUCCUGUCAACCCACUAUGAUUAAAGCUGCAGCAUUCGUUCAUUUAUGUUCUGCGUGGACCGUACAGUACGUCCCAUUUUAGAGCGAAUUUGUUGCCAAGCUGUUUGUGUGUAUUACAUUAGUUUGAUUCAGACAAUGGGGUUUUAAAAACCCUCAGUCUUACUUUUCAGGCACUGUUGUAUAAUAUUUAUUUGUAUGAUUUUUAGAUCUUUCUACUUUUAACAAUAAACUGCGCACAGUUAAAACUGCUCAAGCAUGAAUAUCAUCGUGUAUAAAUAAAAUGCCUAAAUGAUU